GGCUGAGGUAGGAUGCAGACCCUGAAUUGAGACACAGCCAGCAUGUCAAGCCAAAACCGCCACAAUACGCCACUUUCCCAACCCGUCUAGUGUAGCCAGACCCUUCUCGGAUUCGGACACGUUUUCCAGAUGUUGCGCGUGCUGAAUCUGCUCGUGCUCUUGAUGGCGUCGAGCAGAAAUGUCCUCGCACAGGUGACUGGUGGAAGUGUGACUGUAGAGCUGGGAGUUUCUGCCACUUUACCCUGCAAACUAGCAGGGACGUUGGCAAAAGAUGAGACCCUUGAACAGAUUUCAUGGCAGAGACUAACAAAGGAAAAAACAAAGCUAGACAACUUCUUCACCAUCACAGCCACUGCCAUUCGGUUUAUCAAUGGACUGGAACCGGAUACAAGGUUUGAGUAUGCUGGGAGAUUUUCUGACCACGAUGGAACUCUCCGGCUGCAUAACGUAAGCCUGAAAGACGAAGGGACCUACACCUGCAUUCUCACCUUUUUCCCUACUGGAAAUAAACAAACAAAUAUCCCUCUAAGAGUGCUUGUACCACCAUCCACAAGUGUGAUGGAUGAGAGACCUGCUCUGGGAGAUCAAGAUGUUCUUCUUGCAACCUGCACGGCUGCCGGAUCCAAGCCACAAGCAAAUGUGUGGUGGGACAGCAAAGCUCUGCAAUCAAGCAUGACACAAAAGAGCACAUUAAUUUCACACCUCAACGGCACUUCCACCACAGUGGCCUUCUUGUAUGGAAGACCUACAAAGCACAUCUACGGCAGUUUGGCCCACUGUGUCGUCAGCCAUGAAGCACUGACAGAAAACACAACUCUGCCCUUCACGAUUCAGGUCUACUUCGCACCCGAAGAAGUAAAGAUAACACAAAAAUUUCCAAACGUCAUUGAAUGUGAGUCUACGGCCAACCCAAACCCAACCUUCACCUGGAGCAGACAUGAAUCAUCUUUACCUUCAACUGUCAACAAGCACAAUGCAACGCUAGAGCUAACCGGCUGGGAUCCGGAUCUGAAUGGCCUUUAUCAGUGUGAGGCCUCUAACGACUAUGGAGCACAGAAAACGUUCCUCUACGUGCACUUGUCUUCAGUAUCAGGAGGCAGCCAGGCUGGUUGGAUCCUAUUUGGUCUUCUUUUGGCCUUAACUAUAAGUGCUGCAGCAUUUUUGUUCUUCAGAAACCAUACAAAAAGUCCAAGUUUCAGAAGACGGGAAGCGUCACGUGAUACACCACUAGAACAAAACGAGCCCAUUAGACAAAGUGGAGAAAGUUCCUAGCCUCAUAUUUGGACCUUUUAAAAUGAAACAGCAUCCUCAGCUGUUGAACCAACAGAAACGACAGCAGGUGUUGUGCUUGAUUUUAGAGCUUCUGGUGUGUUGAAAGUGUGAUAAGCAGCUGCAGACCUUGCUUGUCCUUAUCGCACACAUGGCGUCAGUUAACAUCCUGUUUGAUAAGGAAAUAGAGAUGGCUUUGUGUUUGUUUGACUACCUCUGUUGGUGACUGAAGAUUUUUUAUUUAUUGGUUCCCCAGCACAAAUAAUAAGCUCAUCACGCUGAUCUCUGAAGGACAGAUUCAGUUUUGUAUAUUUUGUGAAGCAUGUCCCGGUAGCUGGUUUGACUUGAUCCCUUGUUUUUACCAUUAACUGAUUUUCCAAUAACUGUUGCUUUUGCAAAGGCUUACAUCAUAACUCGGUCACUCUAGUCAAAGAAUUGUCGACUAGCAGGGCCUAAACCACGCUCAAGUCAAGCCAUGAUGGUGGAAUGAUCUGUUCUUCAGGGCGUCUCCUACUCUCUUCUAGAGAUUUAAUCUAAAUCCCACAUUGAGUUUCUGACCCCUUCUGCAGUCUGUCAUUGUCACACAACUGUUAUUUCAUCUAACCCUGCCUCCACCCACAGACCCAGUAGUUCAAACAAAGACAAAAUAAGCAGAGCGUUUUUUCAGAGUAGCACGCUUCUCCUACCCAUUUUAUUAGGAAAGGCAAGGCAGCUUUAUUUGUAUAGCACCUUACAACGGUAUAAAACCGACCAAUUUUUUUUCACAGAAAUGAAAACAUUAAAAACAAUGCACAACAUACAAAUGCAUAAAAAGUAAAGCUUAAGAACUAACACUAAAAAGAAUCUCAUGCUGAGUUAAACGCCAAAUCAUAAAAAUAGGUUUUCAAAAGAGAUUUCAAACCAGUGAAGAAGCCGACCUAAUGCUAUCAGGACUCACAGUCCAUCUUAACGACCUACCAAUACUACACUUCCCUUUCCCCGCUGUCUCUGUGCCCUACGACACUGUUUCACCACAGCCACCACUGUCUCCAAGCACCACCACCACCACCCCCCCCCCCCCCCA